UCAAAUCAUUGGCGGGAGAAAAUGAUUAACGCUUCUGUCAUUACCGUUACUUUAUUGUUAUCCUCAAGGCGUUUUAAUUAAAUAUAUCGACUGUAUAUUGUCAAUUAUAUCUAAACAACCCAGGAAUGUUGUGAGAAACGUCUGUGAGCGCUGCUUUUCCGUCCCUUCCUGCUUUGUGUUUUUAUUUUGACUUCCUACAACUUCAUUCAACUGCAUCUGUCACAAACACUGUUUCAUCAAAAUGCAGCCUUCUAAGUUUGUAGUCAAGUGUGGGAACUUUGCUGUGCUGGUGGAUCUUCACAUACUGCCCUUAGGCGGCAAAGACGAUGCCAGCUGGUUCUCUCCAGAGCACAGGAAGGAGGUGGGGGUUCUGAUUAGAGAUGCGUUGGAGCUGAGGGUAAGGCAGUUCCAAGAGGCCAGAUACCAGAAGAUCCAACCCAAACCGAGGAAGGAUCUCACCCUGACUGCCCCGCUCUGUCUUGAAGGUGGGAAUGUUCGCCUGGCGGUGCACUUCAUGAAACGACACGUCAACCUGAGAUGCAUUGUCAGGCAGCACUUCAGAGAGUUGCGUGUGUUUCCUGAGCGUGUUGUAGUGUGUGCCAGUCCUCCAGAGAAUUUUGUACUUCCCAAUGGAAAUCUGAACCUGGAUGUGAGUGAACCAAGCCAUUCAAAGUAUUUUUCUAGCUCUGGCGAGAAGACAGGUCCAUUACCCAGCUCCACGGCAACAAAAAGAACCAUCCUUCAGAAGAUUGCCAAACAGGCUAGCAUCCAACCCCAACAGCGCCAAGAUGAUCAAGAGUCCAGAUCAGCCCAAUUUGAAGCAGAGAAGGGGUCUGCCGAGACACGUCAUCCUGUCACCACAUCGUCUGGCAGCUUGCUCACUGGUGAGUCAUUGGAGGAAGGGAAAUCUGUGUUGUCAUCUAAAUUAAGUAACAGUAAAGAGGUCACUGAACCACAUCUUGACGCUACCGGUGCAAGGAGAAGACCACGGACCCCGAGUAGCUCAGGAGAAGAUGCUGAUUGCCAGAAGACAAAAAGAUCGCGUUUUUCAAGCGAUUCCAACAUUGCCGCACCAGACUCCGUUCACAGUCCCCAGCCUGAGAUUUCACAGACUAACCAAAGCGGGCUGGCCGCAAGUUUGAGAGGCCUAUCCGUCAAGCCCGUAUCCUCUGGCUCCUCUAUUAGUUCCAGAUCUGUCGCCAGAGAGGGAAGGAAGGGGGGUGAGCCCAGAACAUCCCGAUUACGCCGGCUCAAGAAGUCCUGAGGGGCGCAACGGCACAGAACGAGGGAGGAUGUCUGACGCCACCACGAUGGAUGUUACAGUACACACUUCUACUGUAAUACUGUCUGUCAGCGGCGGUUGCACAAGAGUUCACCACACACAGACUCUUGCACAUACAGUACUUCCCUUCUCCCUUUAAAGUAACGCUUGAAUUAGAUUACCAAGAAGCUCUCAGAUAUUUGAAUAGACUCCACUAGCAACAGCUCAGAAGGAGCUCAAGCAAACAGUAACUUCACUCUAAACAAAAACACAAAUGCAGUUCGCGUUUUCUGCGCAAGAUUUGUAUUUCAGACUAGCGGGAGCCGUUGAGCACACUGUGGCUUCAAGCCCAAAUCUCUGGCUCCAUCCGUCUGAAAUCUCCACUCUUCCAGCUUCAGCUGAGCACAUGAUUGAUUUCGCUGUGUUCUCACAUAUACCACGCUCCUUAAGCGAUCAGGGGUUUUCACCGUUGGAGCCGACUGCCGUCUCCCUGCGGUUAUUAUUUGUAAAUGUGUUAUUGCUUUUCGUAACAGCUAAAAGUCUGCUGUGGGAUGACUGACAACGUUAUGGAACACUGUAGUGGCGCUCGCGUCCGAUAUUUGGCUAAUCACGGGUGCUGUCGACAUUGAUUUAGUGCGUGAUGGCAGGAUGAUUAUAAGUAUGGACAUAAAUUUGUUGAGUCACAUGUUUUAUUUUCCAGGCGUGCUUACAAAUCACUCGAUGUUUAUGUAUUUAGUAUAAUAGGUAUGUGUCAUAAAAACGUUAUCAGAAUACACAAACAUUGUGCUGUAGUAAUCCUAUAAAGUUGCAGUCAGAAUGCUUCUAGUUUAGACUUACAAGACAUUUUAAAGGAAUUUAACUCUAUUUUUUGAUGUUAUGUAAUGAAAUUGAAAUCAUUAAAGUUUGUAUUAAGAUACUUGUGA